UUCUUCUCUUCGAAGAAAUUGUUUGCCAGAAUUCACCUACUGUUCUUAACCAAUCGCCACUGGCACAACCGACACAAGCUCCUACUAUUUCUGGACAGCUUUGAAUUUAGCUACCGACACAAUACGAGUUAAACUUUUAGGUACAAUAACUCGGACCAAUAUUUUUUACCGACAAUGAGGUAAGAAAUCAAAUAGUGCCAGUUCACUUCGCGUUUUCAAUCACAUCGUUUGUGGUUUUAUUCUUUCUAAAAUGGAAACCUUGGUAUGGAUUGCUUUGGUGCUUCUCAUAAUAAUAUUUUUAAUUUAUCGUUGGAGCAUCGCCUGCUACGAUUAUUUCGAAAAGCGAAACAUUCUGUACGUUAAACCUUACCCAUUUUUCGGAGGACUAUGGCCGGUUUUCUGCAGAAAGCUUCAUCCAACGGACGCCACCAUCAUGGGGUACAACAUGUUUCCGGAGCGUCGCUGUUCCGGGCUAUUCACAUUCCGCAAUCCGGCCUACCUUAUUCACGAUCCCACGUUGGCAAAGCAGAUAAUGGUAAAGGAUUUCGAUCACUUCACCGAUCAUAUGAACACGAUUUCGGCCGAUGUUGAUCCGAUUCUAGGGCGGGCUUUGUUCUUCAUGGGUGGUUCACGGUGGCGCCACGGAAGAGCUGGCCUGAGUCCGGCAUUCACGGGUAGCAAGAUGAGAAACAUGUUUGUGCUGCUUUCGAAGCACGUGGACGAAGCAAUGCGACGCUUGGUGGAAGAUGCUGGUGAAGGAGCUUUGGAAGUGGAGAUACGCGAACUUUUCCAAAAACUUGGUAACGAUAUAACGACAUCGAUUUCGUUUGGGGUGGAAGUAGACUCGGUUCAUAAUCCAGGAAACACAUUCCUCGAGAUGGGAAAACUUUUGAUUGCUACAAGUGCAUUUCAAGGAUUCAAGUACCUUCUCUCCUUAGUUGUUCCGGAAAGCGUUUUCAAGUUUUUUGGGGUACGAUUCUUCCCAAAGGAAGCAGCUGACUUCUACUUGGACAUCGUUACGGAAACCAUAAGUCACCGUGAGAAGAACAAAAUUGUUAGACCGGAUUUCAUUCAAUUGUUCGUACAAGCCCGCAAAAACGAGCUCAAGAAAGAUAACACGGAUGAUAAUUUCAAAAGUGCUGGGUUCACAACCGUUGAUGAGUACAUUGAGUCAUCCACGGAAAAUGGACAAUACACUGAUCUGGACAUCGCAGCAGUCGCUUUAUCAUUUUUCUUUGGAGGAAUCGAGACAACGACUACUGCGAUAUGUUUUGCGGUCUAUGAAAUUGUUCUGAAUGCAACGAUAAAAGAGAAACUUCAAACCGAAAUCGAUUCCGUCAAAGAAGGUCUUGAGGGAAGACCAUUGUCUUAUGAAAUUCUCCAACAAAUGAAAUACCUUGACAUGGUCGUAUCGGAGGCCUUACGUCGCUGGCCACCCGUAGGAGUCACCAACCGAGCUUGCGUCAAAACUUAUGCGUUCGAAGAAAAUGAUGGGACAACGGUUACGAUAGAGGAAGGACAAGUGGUUCACAUUCCAGUACAAUCAUUUCACCGGGAUUCGAAUUAUUUCCCCGAUCCUUUACGUUUCGAUCCGGAACGAUUCUCGGAUGAAAAUAAGCAUGUAAUCAAUCAGGACGCUUUUCUUCCUUUCGGUAGUGGACCCCGGAACUGCGUCGGAUCUAGACUGGCGCUGAUGCAAGCCAAAUGCAUACUGUACUAUUUUUUUGCACACUUUUCGAUGGACUUUUCCAACAAAACGGACCUACCGAUCAAACUCAAGACUAUGUCUCUCUCCUACGAAGCGCAGAAUGGUUUGUGGUUUCGUUUGACGCCGAACAUGGAAAAGUCGUGAAGUAUAAGAAAUAACCUUUGCAUAAUUGUUUUAUGUGUUGAUCAUUACCUCAUAUGAAAAAUAAUCGAAUAAAGAUGUGACUCA